AUGGUUUUAAGUAUAAUCAUAUUUAUUCUUCUACUAUUUUCAUCAUCAAUUAUAUCAUUUGAUGAUUAUUUGGAAAAUUUAUCUGUAAAUACGGGUGAAACAGCAACAUUUAUAUGUGAUCUACCCGAACGAUAUUCUCACAAACCAGUUGAUUUUUAUGGGCCCACAGGACGUUUAUUGGUAACAAAGACCGGUGAAAAUAUUGGUAGUGAUGAUCGCGCACGAUUUAUGCUUGAACAUACAUAUGCUUGGACAUGGAGUCUUAUUCUAUCAGAUGUAUCAGACGAUGAUGCAGGAGAAUACACAUGUCGCAUCUCAUCCGAUGAUCGAACAUUAACAAUCAUAAAACGAUUUAAUUUAACCGUUUUGACACCGCCAAAAAUUGUCGAUAUAACAAUUGAAUCAAAUAAUAAUGGAAUACUUAUUGAGAAUGAACAAAUUGUUUUAAAAUGUUUAGCUCGUGGAAUUCCACAACCGAAAAUUCUUUGGGAUAUACCAGAAAAGAAAUAUUUAACAAAUAAAAAAAAUGAUCGUAAUAUUAUAACUUAUGAUAAUAAAUUAAUUAUAAGAAAUUUUUCACGUACAACACCAAUGACCUAUCAAUGUAUUGCUGAUAAUGGUAUACCACCACGCGAUACACGCAUAAAACAUUUAGUGCCAGCGAUCCCACCUGAAAUGCUAGUUCAAUCUUCAUUAUCUCGUUUUUCUUCUCAAAUUUUACUCAAUUGUACCAUAAUAGCACGUCCAUUGACUUCAGCAAAAUGGAAACGAAAUCGUAUUGAAAUAAAUAAUAUAAAACGUAUAGAAAUUAAUGAUUAUACAAUACAAUUAAUACUUCUAUUACAAAUUGAUCCAUUAAAUUAUACAAAUAUAUUUGGUAUGUAUGAAUGUCAAGCUGAAAAUCAAUUUAAAGUAGCUAAAGCAUUUAUUAUUAUUGAUGAAUCCAUUCUAUCAAAUAUAACAAUAGCAAAACAAGAGAAAAUAUCAUCAUCACCAACUUAUGCACAAAUUGAACUUUUACUAAAUUGUUCAUUAUGUUUAACAUAUAAUUUCUAUGUUAUAUUAUUUAUAAAUAUACUUUUUGUUAAUUAUUCAACUGGUUUUUAUAACAAACGAUAA